AAUCAAUCCCACGCGACCCGAACGAACCCCGUGCGCUAGCUGCUGCUGCUCCGCUUCGCUUCCCUUCACACCCGGCUCGAUUCGUCCCCCCUUUCCCUCCUCCUCCUCCUCCUCCUCGGUCUUCGUCUCCUUCUCCCCCCCCUCUCUCUCUCAUCACGCCUUUCGUCACCGCCGCCCUGCCCCUUCCCCGGCCCCGGCUUCUGCCGUUUGUUCCGCGGGGGGAGCUGCUCCUCCCUUUUGUUUGUUGUUUAUGGGGGCGAGGUGAGGUUGUGAGGUGGUUCCUGUGGGCGGAGACUUUUUUUUUGGUUGAGGUGCCGUGUGAUCCGAGAUCCAAAGAGCGAGUGAUCCCGUGUGUAGCGGCCGGCCGGGGGAGCGCCUUAAGCGGCGGCGGAGCGGGGGAGAGGGUCCUUGGGUGGGAGGGAGAUGCAGAGGGAGGUGGGCCCGCAGGUGGCCUCCCCGCUGUACCUGCACCACCAGAUCCAGCCGCUGCCUCCCCAUGCGGUGGCGGCGGCGCCCAAAAAGCGCGGGAACCCGUGGCCCGCCUCCGCGGAAGGCGCGGCGGCGGGGUCUGCCGGCGCGGGGAACUGGAACCCCGCGAUGUGGGACUGGGACAGCCGCGCCUUCACCGCCAGGCCCUCCUCCGACGCGCUACGCCUCGGGGCCGGCGCCCAGAAUCAUCAUCAUCAUAACCACCACCAGCAGCAGCAGCGGCAACCGGCGGCGAUGGCUGCUGAGGCGCAGCAGCGGCAGGGCCCCGGUGGGCUGAGUCUUCAGCUGGCCACGCGGGAGGAGGCGUCGGUGGCGAUGGAUGUCAGCCCAACGGCUAUCAUGUCUUCCUCGCCUUCUCCGCCAGCAGCGCCGGCGCAUGAGCAGGCCGCUCGGCCUAGCAAGAAGGUCCGGUCUGAAUCGCCGGGGACCGGUUCUGGAGGCGGCGGCAACGGAGGUGGAGGAAGCAGCGGCAACGGAGGUGGGAGCUACCCGAUGUGCCAGGUGGACGACUGCCGCGCGGAUCUGACGAGCGCCAAGGACUACCACCGGAGGCACAAGGUCUGCGAGAUCCACAGCAAGACCACCAAGGCGGUGGUUGGCCACCAGAUGCAACGCUUCUGCCAGCAGUGUAGUAGAUUUCACCCCCUCUCGGAGUUCGAUGAGGGUAAGAGGAGCUGCAGGCGAAGGCUCGCCGGGCACAACCGGCGACGGAGAAAAACCCAGCCCACAGAUGUUGCUUCACAGUUGCUGCUACCUGAUAACCAAGAAAAUGCCGGAAAUAGGACACAAGAUAUUGUCAAUCUGAUCACGGUUAUUGCGCGCUUGCAAGGUGGUAAUGUUGGUAAACUACCUAGCAUCCCUCCUAUUCCAGAUAAAGAUAAUCUGGUCCAAAUUAUUAGUAAAAUAAACUCAAUAAAUACGGCAAAUGCUCUGGGAAAGUCUCCUCCAUCGGAAGUCAUUGAUUUGAAUGCCUCCCACGGGCAGCAACAGGAUGCUGUUCAGAAGGCAACAAAUGUAAUUGACAAGCAAGCUGUGCCAUCAACCAUGGACUUGCUAACAGUUCUAUCAGGUGGCAACGGUGCUUCUACCCCUGAAACCAAUACGUCCCAGUCCCAAGGGAGCAGUGACAGCAGUGGUAAUAACAAGAGCAAGAGUCAUUCAACGGAGCCAGCUUAUGUUGUAAAUUCCCAUGAGAAAUCAAUCCGAGCUUUUCCUGCAGCUGGUGUGAUAAGGAGCAACAGCCCCCAUGACAGUCCACCUGAAAUGUACAAGCAGCCAGACCGAGAUGCCCGCCCAUUCUUGUCACUGCAGUUGUUUGGUAGCACCUAUGAUGAUAUCCCUGCUAAGAUGGAUACCGCAAAUAAGUACUUGUCAUCUGAGAGCAGUAAUCCUAUGGACGAGAGAUCUCCAUCAUCCUCUCCACCUGUAACCCACACAUUUUUCCCCAUCCGUUCAGCAAACGAUGGCAUCACGCAUCCUCGUGCUGGAGACUAUGGAGAAGAUGCUGCAACAGUCGAGAAUAGUACCACUCGGGCAUGGUGUGCACCACCACUUGAACUUUUCAAAGAUUCAGAGCGGCCAACAGAAAAUGGGUCACCACCAAACCUCACAUAUCAAUCAUGUUAUGCCUCAACUUCUGGUUCUGACCAUUCACCAUCAACAUCGAAUUCAGAUGGACAGGACCGUACUGGUAGGAUUAUAUUUAAGCUUUUUGGCAAGGAACCUGGCUCAAUCCCUGGGAACCUUCGUGAUGAGGUUGUAAAUUGGCUCAAACACAGCCCCACUGAAAUGGAGGGUUACAUUCGCCCUGGUUGCCUUGUACUAUCCAUGUAUUUGUCUAUGCCAGCUAUUGCAUGGGAUGAACUUGAAGAGAAUCUUCUCCACCGGGUAAACACAUUAAUUCAGGGUUCUGAUUCUGAUUUCUGGAGAAACGGAAGGUUUUUAGUUCGAAGUGACAAUCAGUUGGUGUCAUACAAAGAUGGAACGACUCGCUUAUCGAAAUCAUGGAGGACAUGGAAUACCCCUGAGUUGACCCUUGUGACACCAAUUGCUGUUGUUGGUGGGAGAAAGAGCUCCCUCAUUCUUAAGGGCCGUAAUCUAACGAUUCCUGGCACCCAGAUCCACUGUACCACUGAAGGGAAGUAUAUAUCAAAAGAGGUACUAUGCUCGGCGUAUCCAGGUACCAUAUAUGAUGAUUCAGGUGUCGAGACCUUUAAUUUACCGGGAGAACCAAAUCUCAUUCUUGGGCGUUGCUUUAUUGAGGUCGAAAACAGGUUCAGAGGAAACAGCUUCCCUGUUAUAUUUGCCAAUUCAAGCAUUUGUCAGGAGUUGAGGAACCUUGAAGCUGAGCUUGAAGAUUCGCGAUUUCCUGAUGUCUCUUCAGAAGAUCAGGUUGAUGAUACUAGGCGGUUAAAGCCAAGGGAUCAAGUUCUGCAUUUUCUUAAUGAACUUGGCUGGCUCUUCCAGAAGGCUGCUGCUUGUAUACCCUCCACCAAAUCCGAUGUUUCUGAUUCGGAGUUGAUUCAAUUCUCAACUGCACGAUUCAGAUACCUUUUGUUGUUUUCAAAUGAGCGGGACUGGUGUUCUCUUACAAAAACACUACUCGAUAUUCUUUCCAAGAGAAGUUUGGUCAGUGACGAACUAUCACAGGAGACUCUGGAGAUGCUCUCAGAGAUUCAUCUCCUGAACAGAGCAGUGAAAAGGAAGAGCCGCCGCAUGGUGCAUUUGCUCGUGCAGUUUGUCGUAAUUUGCCCUGAUAAUUCCAAACUGUAUCCCUUCCUUCCCAAUUAUCCUGGCCCAGGUGGUUUGACUCCAUUACAUCUUGCUGCAUCCAUUGAUGAUGCAGAGGGUGUAGUUGAUGCCUUGACAGAUGAUCCUCAACAGAUUGGUUUGAACUGCUGGCACUCAGUGUUGGAUGAUGAUGGCCAAUCUCCUGAAGCCUAUGCGAAGUUCAGGAACAACGAUUCGUACAAUGAACUCGUGGCACAAAAGCUUGUGGACAAGAAGAAUAGCCAGGUUACCAUUGUACUCAACAAAGGAGAAAUUUGUAUGGAUCAACCUGGGAAUGGUGGAGGGAAUAAUGCAUCUGGGAUCCAAGCAAUGGGGAUAAAAUCUUGCAGCCAGUGUGCCAUUUUGGAGUCUGGCUUGUUAAGCCGCCCUAUGCAUUCAAGGGGAUUGCUUGCACGCCCUUAUAUCCACUCGAUGCUUGCCAUAGCAGCAGUUUGUGUCUGUGUCUGUGUAUUCAUGCGAGCCUUGCUGCGGUUUAAUUCUGGCAGGUCCUUCAAGUGGGAGAGGCUGGAUUUCGGUACAUCCUAGACUUUGCAGGACAUCUUAUUGCUUAGCCGCAUGGUAUUAUUAAGGCAAACACCUUACAAGAACCAGAGAGUAUGGGACAAGUUAGCUGUUAACUGUUUUACCUUUCCAUGGAACUCUGUCCAUGGAUAUGGCUGGUCAUGUGCAAUACUUAUACUGAUAAAACACUCCCGGAAAAGAAGUGUUGAUGGGUUGGGAUGGCUGCAACACUUGAUGGGAGUUGAGAAUCAAGAAAAAAAAGGAAUCAGGCAAACCCUGUCAAAAGGUGAACUUGGGCAGAGUUGGUACAUAGUUUUUGAGACGAGGAACGGAUUGCUGCUCUCCUACAAGAUGAGAUGGAGGCAGCAAAUAGUUCUGGGCUAAACGAGUAAGUAACACCCUUGGUUUCCUUUUUUGCUGGUGUAAGUGUGGAUCUGCUAUGUUUCAUGUAUCAUAAGAUGGUUGUUUAUUUAUCUUGGCCUUUGUUUCUGCUAAAUUUUUUGUGUAUCAAAUACAGUGCCUAGCAUGGAACUGUUUUUCUGUUGUCUCUUAGAUGGUAGCUGGGGGUAUAAAUGGGAGAGGCGUCGUGGAUAGUUGUUGUCUGUAGCUAAAAUAGAAAAUGAGGCAGAUUUACAUGUGUAUCCGGAUCUAUUGUUUUAUUUGAUUUUAUUUCAAAACUCUGGAGUACCCGUUUUAUUAGAAAUCUUCGGCAUUUUUUA